ACACCUGGAGGACUCUUUUUCUUCUUCUUCUCCUUCUUCUAUCUCUUCUUCUCCUUCCCCAUCUGUUUUCAAACGAGGACGUACUCUGACCUCCUGGAUGUGUUUCGACUCGUGGAGAUUUCAUUUCAUUUAAUUUUCCUCACCUGGACUUUAUUUGUGGAAGUUGGAGAAAAAAAGGACUCAAAGUGAAUUAUUUUUGGAUAAAAAAACCCUGCUGUGGGAAAGAUGAGUUUCCUGCAGCAGUGGAUCUUCGCUCUCUUCUUGCUCUGCUCUCCGGUCACCGGUCGCCCCAUCGAUGCCGUCAGCAGCAGAAUAAAGCGCUCGGUGUCUCACGCCCAGCUGAUGCACGAUAAGGGUCGCUCUCUGCAGGACCUGAAGAGGAGGAUGUGGCUUCAGGAGCUUCUGGAUGAAGUUCACACUGCAGAAACCAGAGAUCUUCCCCCCCGCCCUCCCCCAUCUGGAGGGGGAGGAACCAGCACCGAGGGAGGGGGGGUGAGCACCACGGGAGAAACCAUGCACUCAAAACCCCCGGGGGGAACCAAGAACCUCCCCCUCAUCUUCAGGGAGGGAGAGGAAAAGGGAAAAGAAAAUCUCCCACAGGAAACGAACAAAUCUCCGAGAGGGAAAAAGAAGAAGAAAGGGAGAGGAGGAAGGAGGAGAGGAGGAGCGGAGGAGAAGAGGAAGAGGAGGGAAAGAUCACUGGGAGGAGGGACGAGGAAGAGGAGGGAGGAAGAGGAGGGAGGAAGAGGGGGGAGGAAGAGGAGAGAGGAAGAAGAUGGAGGCAGUGGAAAAGGGUUGGAGUGGAAAACGCUGCUCGGACUGCAGAGGAAGUGAAACGCUGUCAAACUCUGACACAGAAACCUGCGGACACUCGACUCCUAAAUUCUCACGCUGCAGUUUCUCUGUGAACGUGAUUAUUUGGAAAGAAAUUGGAAAAUAUUUAUUGUGUGUAAAUAUUCUAAAUAUAUCAGAAUAGAUAGACGAUGAAAGUUUGCGCUGCGAGGCGACAGAUGUUACUCUUUGUGAAUCCUUUGCUUCUUGGUAAUUUAUUUUGUCUGAAUGGUGUAUUUAUUUUUCUAAAUGUAUCGGGGUGCUGCUGACCUUCUAUAUUUUUGUACCAUAAUGCACUUUAGAUAUAUAAAUAUAAGUAUAUAUACCAUUACGUUUUUUGUUGUUGAAUGAAAUGAAGAAAAAUCGACGGUCGUCUCUUUGUGUUUUUGUUCAGUUUUUUUAUUUCUCGCUGCUGAUUUUUCGGAUGUUUUCUGAUAAAAAUGGUUUGUUAUUUUAUUUAGUGUUUGAGUCCCGCUGCCUCUGUUUCCACCACAUGCUCUGCUUCUCAAACUCUCUGUACACAAACCAAACGGCUCGAUAUGUGUUGGUUUUGGCUCUUGCACUGAGAUAAACACCCUGUACUGAACGGAUUAAACAUUUGACAGAAUCCU